GUUUAUUGAAUUCUCCUUCUGGUUCCCUGCUGGAAUGAUGGUUUCUGUUCUUGAGAUUUGAUCCCUCCCAUGUGAGAAUUUGGAGGAUGAGAAGUUAGUAGAGGGGUUUGAGGAUUUUGUGUAACGUUAUGGAUUUGGAGAGUGAAAGGUCUGUUCUUGAGUCUGUUGAAGAUAAUAAUGGCUUGAUUGGUGAAGUUGAGACUAUUGGGGAUGAUAAAUUGGUCUCUUCUUGUACUACUGACCUUGAUGAAAAGUUGAUCUCACGGGUUGAGACUUCUCCUCUUGUUUUAAAGGGGUUUGGGUUAAGAAAAUGGAAGAGGAGGGUAAGGAGUGAUCUUGUUAAGGAUACUUCUGUGAGUUUUGAGAACAGUAAAGCUCUGAAGAGGGUUUUGUCAGGAGCACUCGACCCGAAUGCUAAACAUAUGCAUUUUCCUGAACCUGAUGAUGGACAAGAUAGUCUUGGUUCGGUUGGCUCGGUGGAUAGUGUUGUUGGUUUUGAUAUAGCUGGGUCUAGUCAUGGCAGUGGUCUUGCUUUUGCAGCUGGUUUUGAUUCUGAUAACAGUGAGGAUCGGAGUAGUAAGUCCUCCACUGCAGCCAGUUGUCCCAAGGUUAGGUAUGAGAGGACAAUGGGUCAUUCUUGGGAGAAACAGAGAGCAAAGUAUUUGGGUGGGAAGAGUGUGGUUAGCUCGGGUGAUAGUGGUCAACAGAGGAAGAGUAGUGUAGAGAAGGGUAAGAAACUUAGAGGAGAAAGGAUCAAAAAUGAGAAGGCAAACCCUCAUUCUAGUUUGGAAUCUGCUGACUCAAGAAGCUCCAACUUUGUGUUUAUGCAGGGUGCUUCGUUUAGUUUGAGUAGCAGCGAACACGGUGGAAGAAUAAUAAUGGAUUACAAUGAGGAUAGUAGUGAUCAUGACACACAUAUUUCGAAGGGAAAAAAUAACGUGGGAGUAGAAGAAGAAGAAACAGAAGGUUAUUCACAAGGAGACUUUGUUGAUGAGUCCCAUAUCAAGAACAAUGGUUCACCAGACAACUUGGAUCCAUUAAAAGAGGCAUUCAACAGUUUUCAAGCUUUGCAAGAAGCUCUCCAAAAAGAACUUCUCAAAUUCAAAGAGCUUGGAAAAGAAUCUGUGUCAUCACUACAUGAUGGAGGAGAAAGCAGCAGUUGCAUACACGUGGGACAUGAACGAGCUAGUGAAGCAAGUUCUUCUCACCGGUUUGGGUCUGAAAAUAUGGGGGAACUGGGAUCAACUUCUCUAGAUUCCGAGAUACUGAACCUGGUGAACAAUGUAGAGCAUCUGGAGAUCAAACUAGAAGAAGCAAAAUGUAUUCUCGAGGGUAAAGAAACACAAAUCCGUGACCUCGAAUCCACCAUAAGCGUUUCAGAGUCACUUAAUGGAGGAACAGAGAUCGUGAUCGAAGAAAUUUUCCAGCAAAAGAUGAAGGCAGAGAUUGAAUAUAUCAUAUUCUCAAGAUCAGUGGCAAACCUAAACAGAGAGAUCAAACUGAUUGAAGAAGAGAAGACAAUGGCUCAGAAGACAUAUGGGCAAAAGAUGCUGUCAAAGCUUGAAAAAGUAGAAACCAAAGCUGAGAAUCUAAAGAAUCAAGCUCAAGAUUUACAAAACCAUUGCGUAGAGCUCACAGAGAUUCAAGAAGUGAAGUGUUGGAAGAAGAGAGCAUUCAAGACCACUUCAUGUCUUUUUCUACAGUUAGGCUUGCUGUUUACGCUGUUUACUUUCCAGUUAAAGCCAGAGUCGGAGACUUUUGUUGUGCCAACAUGAGAGUUUUGUUUGAUGGAAUCUCUUUUAGUUACUUUUCUAUAAAUUAUUGUCAUAUAAUGUAACAUCUUUUUGGCUCCAAUAGACUAACUCCUCUUUGCUUCUA